GGGAAAUAGACGUAAUCCAACAUUAUUAUCUCCAAUUGGAUUAUUAAAGAGUAUCCUAUAGAAUCCUAUUUCUGCAAGAAUCUUGAGUUUAUAAAUAGAGAUGUGACCUUAGAAAGAAUCUGAACAACCCAAGCAAUAUUAAAGAGGCAGCUACAGAUCUGACACUACAUUUUCCUGUGUAACAAAUCUUAACUCAGAAUAAAACAAUUUUUAAUUGUUAGAGAUGGGGGAGUCUCCAACCCACAGCUCAAGUGACUAUGACUACCUCAUAAAAUUUCUUGCUCUUGGUGAUUCAGGGGUUGGGAAAACUUCAAUGUUAUACCAAUAUACAGACAAUGUGUUCACGGGUAAAUUUAUAUCUACAGUUGGCAUAGACUUCAGAGAAAAGAGAGUGGUACAUAGAGCUCAUAGUACAGAAGGUGCUGUAGGUAGGAGUCAGAGAGUACAUUUACAAUUGUGGGAUACUGCUGGCCAAGAAAGGUUUAGAAGUUUAACUACAGCAUUUUUCCGGGAUGCAAUGGGAUUUCUCCUGUUAUUUGACUUGACAAGCGAACAAUCAUUUAUAAAUAUUCGUAACUGGUUGACCCAGUUACAGACCCACGCCUACUGUGAGAACCCAGAUAUUGUUUUAUGUGGCAAUAAAGCGGAUCUUGAAGAUCAAAGAAAAAUAAGUGAACAAAGGGCAAGAGAAUUGGCAGAAAAACAUGGAUUGCCCUACUUUGAAACAAGUGCAGCAAACGGCCAGAAUGUUGCCAAGGCGAUCGAGUGUCUACUAGACAUGGUCAUGUUGAGAAUGGAACGUUCCACAGACAAGUCCAUUUUUCCUGGUUCUAAAAAUAGAAGUAAAUAUGAAAUGGAUGAAGCUGGAGGAGGUGAAGGUGGUUGUGGCUGCUGAUUGGUUGAUAUAUAUGUAUGAGAGAAUUUGUUACUAUUUAUAGAAACUGUUACUAUUUAUAGAAAUUGCUUGUACAAGGUAGUGAAAAAAAAAGGGAAAGUAGGUUUAAAUUAGUUAGUUCAAGCUAUGUAGGUAUUACAUAAUAAUUUUCCAUACAGGGUUAUCAAUUCCAUGUAGUUGAGUCCAUUGGAAAAGAAUAUAUGUUUUAAGGUUGCUAGAUAAAGGGAAACUAAAGUUACUUAAGUUUGUCCUUUGUGUAUAUGUCCAACAAUGAUUUUAAUGAGAAAUAUUUGGUUUUAUUAUAAAGUAUAAUAUGAAAUUGUUGAAUGGUGCAGUAGACUUUAUAUAAUUUGUCUUAAUUUAAUAUUCAUAUAUAGUAAUUAUUAAUUUCAGCUUCAUUGAAAAGGUUCUAGCCAUUACUGGUUCUCCUAAACAUUCUGCAUUCAUCAGUCCAUUGAAAUAAAUGUUGGCUUUUUUUAUCGCUAUGUGUCCUUAGAAAAUUAAAUAUACUAACUAAAUCUAUUAAUGCAACCAGUGAUCCUUAGAAGAUUAAAUAUACUAACUAAAUAUGUCAAUAUAUUACCAU